CGGGCGACGAGCGCAGGGCCGGAGAGGCGCGGAGGGAGCGGAGGGGAGGGCCGGGCAGCGGCGGGGGCGGGGACCGGGAGCCGAGGAGGCAAGGAGCAGAGGCGGUCGCCUCACCGCCCCGCGCCCCGCGCCCCGCGCCCUCGCUCCCUCCGGAGACGCGCGGGCCGCCGCCUGGGCGCACUAGCGGGUCACCUUGUCCAGGAGGAGAAAUGGGCCCUGUGAGGCGAGCGUGACCCUCGUGUCCAGCCCUCCAGCCUGCCUCCCGGCCGGCAGGGCCAGCGCCAUGGCCAGCGUCCUGGAGCAGGAGAGCGUGCUGGUGCGCAGCAAGCUCAGCGAGGCCGGCAGGAGGAACGGCUUGAUCAACACCCGGAGCUUCACGGCCGAGAGCAGGGACGGCCGGGCGUCCGUGUACCCCGCACACCAGUGCCAGGGCGGCCGGGGGGCAGACAGCGCAGCCCCGGCCGCCCUGCACGGCAGCAGGAACGAGCCGCUCCAGCAGCUGCUGGACCCCAACACCCUCCAGCAGUCGGUGGAGUCCCACUACCGCCCCAACAUCAUCCUCUACUCCGAGGGUGUGCUGCGCUCCUGGGGGGACGGCGUGGCCGCCGACUGCUGUGAGACCACCUUCAUCGAGGACCGGUCGCCCCCCAAAGAGAGCCUGGAGUACCCCGACAGCAAGUUCAUCGACCUCUCUGCCGAAGACAUGAAAAUCCACACGCUGUCCUACGACGUGGAGGAGGAGGAGGAGUUCCAGGAGCUGGAGAGCGACUACUCCAGUGACACGGAGAGCGAGGACAACUUCCUCAUGAUGCCCCCGCGGGACCACCUGGGCCUCAGCGUCUUCUCCAUGCUCUGCUGUUUCUGGCCCCUGGGCAUCGCGGCCUUCUACCUGUCUCAUGAGACCAACAAGGCAGUGGCCAAGGGGGACUUCCACCAGGCAAGCACCAGCUCCCGGCGGGCCCUGUUCCUGGCCGUGCUCUCCAUCACCAUCGGGACCGGCAUCUACGUGGGCGUGGCCGUGGCCCUCAUCGCCUACCUCUCCAAGAACAACCACCUGUGAGCCUCCCCGGGCGCCCGGAGGAGCCUGGCCAGCGGGUGCAGGCGCGGAGCCGGCAAGGGUGGACCCGGGCAGCCUGUGGGUCUGUGUGGUGUCCGUCAUCACCAAGGAUACUUGGAGCCCUGGGACCUCUGCCCACGCAGCCUCUGUUUCCACCCUUCCACGUCCUUCUCAGAGCCGUGUAGUGCUCAGACGGAUGGGCACUGCCGACCCUCCCAAGCGGAAACUCCAAAGACCCUGACCGCGAGGCAGCCUCCGGACGGAUUCUGGGGGAUCGGCGAGUGCGCGGCGGCCAGCGCCUGGAACGCCGUCACAUUAGCAAUAUUCAGACUGGAAGGUGUGUUUAUUCCCACAGAAUGUGGUGCAGUAGGCAAGGGGCUGGGGGCAUGUGCUGGUCCACCUGCGGCCUGGGCCGUUUCCCCUGGCAGCCCCAGCCCACGCACCUUCCCCGCAAGAAGGAAACGGGGCACCCCCGGCCGUCACCGGUCUUCAGACAGCUCCAGCCCUGAGAAUGCAAAGCCAGGACAGCGGGGACCUGCCCCCAGGCCCCAAGCGUGUCUCCCUCCACACUGUCCCCACCCUGGGAAUGUCGGGCCUCCUCCAGAACGUGUCCACACUCAGCAGCCCCCACGCAGCAAUAUGCAAUCCGUGGCCUCGUAGGUCGGGGGCUGGGGGACAGGCCAGCCCCUCCCCAGGCCCCUCCCGGGGGGGGCCAGGUUUGCUCCAGGACCUCCAGGCAAAGGAGCCGCGGACGCCCCUCAGCAUAAGGACACGGGCCGCUUGAACCACCCGCCCUGACACCUCGGUGACAACAGUGGCACUGGUGGUCGCACACGGGACACGAACCUUCUCCGUCGACUAAGCCAACAGCUAUUUCCUUGUCCUUUUUUUAAGUGCAGCUGCUGCUUCUACCGCUUAUGUUAUCAGACCAGCGCUGAGAAGGACGUGAUCACAGACAUUUUAAUACCAUUUCACUGCUGU